AUGGCAACCGUUGACGAGAAGGGGGCCUUGGAUGGAGGUGCGACUUGCAGUCUCGAAGGUAAUGAGAACAAACCCUCGGGUGGCGCCACACCCACCCCAGGCUCCGUGGACGACACUGCCACAGGAGCCCAAGACGGCGCCCAAGACGGAACUCCAGAGAUCGUGUACCCCGGCUCUGCCAGCUUUGCCCUGAUCGCUCUGGCCCUCUGUCUCAUCAUCUAUGUCAUCACCCUGGACAGCACCGUCCUUGCAACAGCUGUGCCCGUCAUCACUGAUGAGUUCGACUCUCUCAAGGAUGUGGGCUGGUACAGCAGUGUUUACUUCAUGACGACCGCCAUCACGCAGCUUCUCUAUGGCCGACUGUACACCCGCUACCCCAUCAAGUACAACUACAGCGUUGCCAUGUUGUUCUUCCUCGUCGGUUCUGCCUUGUGUGGUGCUGCUCCUAAUUCGCCCGCACUCAUCGUUGGCCGUGCCUUGGCUGGCAUUGGCUGCUCUGGCUUACUGGUCGGCACCUUCUCGCUGGUGCCUUAUAUCGCCCACCCUACCAAGCAACCCCUGUUUAUGGGCCUUAUAGGAGGGACCAUGGGGAUUGGGUACGCCACAGGUCCGCUCAUUGGCGGCGCAUUCACCGAGCAUGUCACUUGGCGGUGGAAUUUCUACCUCAACCUCCCGGUUGGUGCUUUUAGCUACGCCAUAUUCCUGCUCUUCGUCCGCACCCCAAAGCGCCACUCAGACAAAUUUACCUCCUGGAAGGACUUUCUCGAGACAUUUGAUCUGCUCGGCCUGCUCGCACUAGCUCCCAGCAUUGUCUGCCUCCUGCUCGCCCUGCAAUGGGGAGGAACCGUCUAUGCAUGGAACUCGGGGCGUGUCAUUGCUCUGCUCGUCCUCUUCGCCUUGCUUGGCAUCGCUUUCAUCGGCCUUGAGCUUUGGCAAGGGGACAAGAGUAUGCUGCCGGCUCGAGUUUUCGCACAACGGAGCGUUGCAGGAGCUGUGCUCUUUUGUUUCUGCACGAGUGGCGCCUCGUUUUUGCUACUCUACUACAUUCCCAUCUGGUUCCAAGGCUCACUCGAGCGAACUCCGUUCGAGUCUGGAGUCGACACCCUUCCGCUGGUCAUUGCGAAUACCAUCUCGUCACUGGCCGGCGGCAUCCUUAUCGGUGUGAUCGGAUACAUCUGGCCAUUCCUCAUAUUUUCCUCAAUUUUCACUGCCGUCGGAGCCGGCCUAUUCACCCUGUUCUCACUCAGUACGUCGACUGGAGAAUGGAUCGGGUACCAGGUUAUCUACGGCCUCGGUAUGGGUCUCUGUGCUCAAACCCCAGUCAUGGUUGCGCAAAAUGUGCUCCCUCUCGAGGACAUCCCAAUAGGCUCCGGCAUGGUGAUGUUCACGCAGACAUUUGCAGGCGCUAUCUUCACCGCUGUAGCCCAAACGCUCUUUGCCAACGAGCUGGCCAAGAACUUGGGCAAUACGGGAGUCCCCGGUGUCGACGCGAGCUCCGUUCUAACAGAAGGCGUUACCUCGCUCACCAGAGGCUUGGAGGGAGACGACAAGAUUGCCGUACUCGAGGCACUCAACAGCGCAAUUGUGGACUCGUGGAAGCUGCCCCUGGCACUUUGCUGCAUCAGUAUCAUCGGCGCGCUGACCGUCGAGCGUCGAAAGAUCAGGGGAAAGGAGAAGCCGGCGGACACGGAGAAGGAGGCGGAGACACCGUCGCAAGAAGCUUGA